CGGCCUUGUAAUCUGCAAGGAACAUACCUAAUAUUUAAUACUUGUUUCCCACAUUCCCUCGCAUUCGCAUUCGCCCAACUCGUAUCGCAUAAUCCGAGCGUGACAAGAUCUGCAUAAAUCUAGGCGAUUGUCGUGCGAGUAAGCUUCGGAGGACAUCGAAGUUGGCCGCAGUCAGCACUGGAAUGCAACAGGGCGACAUUUAAAGACGACGACAACAUGGACGCCGAGAAAGAGCAGAAUGUCUUGAUAGAUCUGGGAAUCCCUUCAGAAAAUGCGCAUCCCACUACACAAACGACAGCAAGCCAGGACCUGGCCGAGAGAACGCAAGAGCUGGAAGUGAAUGAGAAGCAAGCAGAGCAGCAUGCACAGCCAGAGAGCGGCAGGGAUAAGGAGAAGGAGAAAGAGAAGGAACGAGUGCGCUCGCCGACACCACCGCCGCCGCCCCCGAAGGACGACAAGUUCCUGCAACGACAGUAUGCUCAAGACGACGACCUCGCAAACAUCAUGGACGAGAUGGACGACGACCUGGCCGACCCCGCCUUGCAGAAGAUCAUGUCUCCGCGCAUCGAUAUAUCCUCGCUACCCAUGCGCACCUCGAGUCUGGAUCCAUCUCCCUCUCCCAGCACAAUGACGUCGCCGAAGCUGCAGCGUCAACUCUCGCGCGACAGCUACAUCUUCAGCCCCGCCGCUGCACGACCUGGCUCCAUCUCUGGUGUCAGCAUUCAACAGCCGGAGCGAACUGAUUCUCCUCGCCCAGCCUCGUCCAUCUUCCAGCCGCCGCCGCCGUCUCCCGACUCAGAACCCGCUCUCCCCUUCGACUUCCACCGCUUUCUCGAACAACUCCGUCAUCGGACUGCCGAUCCUGUCGCCCGCUUCCUGAGAUCCUUUCUUAAUGAGUUUGGCAAGAAGCAAUGGGCUGUUCACGAGCAGGUCAAGAUCAUCUCCGACUUCCUCGAGUUCAUUUCGAAAAAGAUGGCUCAAUGUGAAGUCUGGAGGACGGUCAGCGAUGCAGAGUUCGACAACGCCAGAGAGGGCAUGGAGAAGCUCGUCAUGAACAGACUCUAUUCACAGACCUUCUCUCCCGCCAUCCCUGCACAGGAGGCCAGCUCUCCCACAAAGAAACGCUUCCGCCAUCAGACACAUUCUCCACAUGGUCCUGGUAGAAGAGGCCAGCAUCAGGAAGAUGUCGAAAGAGACGACGUGAUUGCGCAAAAGAUCAGAAUCUACGGCUGGAUCCGAGAGGAACAUCUGGACAUUGCGACCAUCAACGACAAAGGCCGCCGCUUCCUGGUGCUUGCACAGCAAGAACUGCUCAAGAUUGGCUCAUACCGUGCUCCUCGUGACAAGGUCAUUUGUAUUCUCAACACUUGCAAAGUCAUCUUCGGCUAUCUCAAGAACAACAAGAGCGAUCAGUCUGCCGAUGCAUUCGUGCCUCUUUUGAUCUACACUGUUCUUCGUGCGAACCCAGAGCAUCUUGUCAGUAACGUGCAAUACAUUCUCCGAUUCCGGAAUCAGGAUAAGUUGGGAGGCGAGGCUGGAUACUACAUUUCAUCCUUGAUGGGCGUCGUCACUUUCAUCGAGAAUCUCGAUCGGACCAAUUUGACCAUCACCGAUGAGGAGUUCGAGAAGAACGUCGAGGCUGCUGUGAGCCAGAUUGCUGAGGGGCAUAAAGCAGACGAGUACGAGAGUUCAACACACGAUAAAGCUGCUGCGAGCUCGUCUCAGUCCACACAUCCACAAUUCAACGAGAAGAGUAGUCUGAGUAGGCCGGAGGUCAACACUAGAAACAGCACCGAAGGCGAGCGAACACCCCUGACCAGAGGAGGCAGUAUACGCUCGAAGAACUCUGCAGGUGAAGCAGAGGACGAGAAUGCAGCUGUGACAGGUCUUCUCCGCACCAUCCAAAAACCUUUGUCAACCAUCGGCCGCAUGUUCAGCGACGAAAGCCAGCCCUCAUCCUCGACUCCCAGACAGCUCGCCACUCCUCAGCCUAUCUCCACAACUAGAUUGUCACCUGGCUUACCAGCACUUCCCCAGCAACGGAAGAGCGCGGAAGAUACCCGAAGACUACGUAGUCCGGAGCGUCGAGAAGUUGACCGAUCAAGGAGUUUCGAAUCUAGUCGUGGUCGUAGCUCUCAAGAGUCAGCAGCAAGGCAAGCAAGUAACGAUGUGGCCGAGGCUCAGAGGAUACAAGCCCAGGAGCAUCAAGUAGUGGUCGAGACAUUACAAGGCAUGUUCCCGGACUUGGAUCGUGAGGUCAUCAGCGAUGUCGUUAGAAUGAAAGAAGGGCGUGUUGGAUCUGCUGUGGAUGCAUGUCUUGCUUUGAACAACUAGGAGCCUUUUGAGCGGCUUGAACUUGAAGAAAUGCAAACGCUUACACUUCUCCUCGCA